AUGGCUCGCUCGUGGCUAGAUAACCUCAAGCGUCUCAACCGCAACAACAUCGAGACUUUCCGAUCAGCGCCAUGGGCCGAGAUAUCGGGUUCCCUCGGCGAUUUAGGCACCCUGCUCCCUCUCAUGAUUGCCCUAGCCGCCCAAGGUUCUAUCAAGCUCGGCACUACCCUAGUCUUCUCAGGCAUCUUCAAUAUCCUUACUGGUAUCAUCUAUGGCAUCCCGCUGCCCGUCCAACCCAUGAAGGCUAUCGCUGCCGCCGCCAUCUCAGGGCGUGGUGAUCCAGCCAUGGGCGUUGUCACCGCGGCUGGUCAGUGGGUUGGUGCUGCCGUGCUGGUCAUGAGCGUCACAGGUAUCCUGCGAUGGGUCGUGUCCGUCGUCCCUAUCCCCGUCGUCAAGGGCAUCCAACUCGGAGCUGGCCUCUCGUUGAUCCUCGGCGCUGGCACGUCGUUGCUGCAACCCUUGCACUGGAUUCACCCGGCACUCGACAACCGUAUCUGGGCCAUUGCCGCCUUCCUCGUUCUCAUCGGCACCCAGAAACUACCUCGCUUCCCAUACGCCUUGCUCUUCUUCCUCCUCGCUCUAUUACUGGCCUUUAUCCAAGUUCUUGGCUCUCAUCACAACCUUCCGGGGUUCCAUAUUUGGCAUCCGCAUUUCGUCAUGCCCCGAUGGUUCGGGCACAACGAUUCACCUGCUCUAUGGAUGGCUAUUGGCCAACUGCCUCUCACCACGCUCAACUCCAUCAUCGCCGUAAGCGCCUUCUCUCACGAUCUUCUCCCUAAUCUCCCUACCCCCUCGGUCAGCUCCAUCGGUAUCAGUGUAGGUGUGAUGAACCUGACGAGUACCUGGUUUGGAGGGAUGCCCGUGUGCCAUGGCGCUGGUGGACUCGCUGCCCAAUACCGAUUCGGUGCACGAAGCGGGGCCAGUGUCAUUGUCCUGGGUACCUUCAAGCUGCUGCUUGGUCUCAUAUUCGGUGAGACCAUUGUAGACCUUCUAGCACAUUACCCCAAGAGUCUCCUUGGAAUCAUGGUCCUAGCGGCUGGCUUGGAGCUUGCCAAGGUUGGGCAAAGCCUCAACCAGGGAGCACCUGAUUUAUGGCAGACGGCAGCUGAGCAAGAAAGCGGCCACUCCAUUGGGAGACUCCGUCGACAUCGUGACGUGUCAGACGACGAGCGCAUGGAAAGGUGGACGGUGAUGUUGACCACGACAGCAGGCCUCCUUGCGUUCCGAAACGAUGCCGUGGGGUUCCUGGCGGGCAUGUUGUGCCACGGAGCGUACCGGCUGUCAGAGCGGUUGGCGGAGUGGAAGACGCGUCGUGGAGGGUUCCCAACUGAGAGCAGCUCACUCCUCCGAUGA